AUGGGACUUAGAGUACCCCUAACUAGUAAUCCUGGAGUUGAAAUAAAAUUAAAAACACCUGAAGAAUUAUCUAAAUUAAAUAAUACUGUCGAUUUAAUAUUAAAUGAAUUACAAUCUAAAAUUAAUACAUAUAAUCAAUCCAAUAAGAAUAAUGUGAGUACAGUUAAUAAUGUAAAUAAUGUGAGUACAGUUAAUAAUGUGAAGAAUAAUGUGAGUACUGUUAAUAAUGUGGAGAGUAGUGUACCUAUUACUAAGGUUACUACUAAUUCAGUUACUAAAGAUGUUAAUAUGAAGAAUUUGGAAGAAGUGGAUAUAAAAAUGUUAAUGAAUGAAUUUGAAAAUUUUAAAGAAUUGAAAAAAAUGCUUGAUAAAGGUUAUGAAUUUUCUGGUAUUAAUAGAAAAGUACAAUUAAAACCACAAUUUAUUAAUAUACCAAUGAAUUCUUCCGUUACGGUGCUUGGUCACACGGCUACUAAUGGUACUGAAGUUACUAGUACUAAUAAUAGUACUAAUAGUACUAAUAGUACUAACAGUACUAAGGAUCCUACUGGAGCAAGCACCGUUACUGAGGGAAAGGGAGCUAAUUCUAUGCCUAUGAAGUGUACUACUACUAAUAUUAAUGAACCUUCAAAUAUUAAUAUUGAAUCCUAUUCUAAUACUCCAACUAAUACUAUAACUACUCCCACCAACACUACUCACAAUCACACUACUUCCAAUCACAUUACUAGUACUGAUACUCCCAUCAACACUCUUACUACUCCCUCUAACACUAUUACUACUCCUACUACUAGUCCCAAUCCUAUUACUACUAAUAUUACUAAUAAUAAUAGUAUUAAUAGAAUGAAUGAGAUAGAUAAGAAAUUGGAUAGUGUAUUAAUAGUAGCGAAAUGGGGAGGUGAUUUGACAGAAGUAGGUAAAUUACAAGCAGAAGAUUUGGGACGUAGAUUUAGAGAGACAUUAUAUCCAGCAGAUUGUAGUGGAUUGAUAAGAUUACAUAGUACAUUUCGACAUGAUUUUAAGAUAUAUAGUAGUGAUGAAGGUAGAUGUCAAAUANCAAGUGCAUCAUUUACAAAAGGUAUAUUAGAAUUAGAAGGAGAUUUAACACCAAUAUUAGUAACAAUGACAAUAAGAAAUAAAAGAGCAUAUGAAUUAUUAAAUGAUACAACAAUAUCAAAACAAAGAACCAGAUGUAAAAUGUUAUUAAAUCAAUUAAUUUCUACCUUUGGUACUAAAUUGUAUACACAAAUAUUAAAACAAUUAACAGAAUAUGAUCGUUACUAUUAUCAUAAAGCUAUACAAGAUUCUGAAUAUAAAUUACAAGAUUUUCCACAAUUAUAUAAUUUAAUUAUUAAAUAUAUUAAGAAUAUUAAAAAUGAAUUAAUUUGGAAUUCUUUAUAUUCUUAUCAAUAUAAUUUUUUUAUUAAUAAACUUAAUAAUAUAAUAAAUCGUUGGUAUAAUUUAUUAAAUAAAUUUGCCUCCGUUACGGUGCUUGCUCACACAGACAGUAAUGGACCUGAUAUUAAUACUACUACCAACAGUACUAACUAUAUUGGUACUAUUGGACCAAGCACCGUUACUGAGGAAAAUACUAGUACCCCGGGAAAGGGAGCUAAUUCUAUGCCUAUGGAAUGUAAUAGUAGUAAUAUUGAGGAAUACCCCUCCGGGGUUGGCCGUGGACCUCACUCCGUAACGGGAAAAACCAAAUUAAUAAAUAUAAAAUUACAUAAUGGUAUAUUAAUACCACAUUUAAGACAUGUACAAUAUGCAUUGAAUAUGGGUGUUGGUACACCAAAACAAGAAAUAAAUCCAAUAAUAGAUACGGGUAGUACAAAUACUUGGGUAAUAUCACAAAAUUGUAUAUCAAAUACUUGUGAAGGUGUUGCAUCAUUUAAUAGUAAAAAAUCGGAAACUUUUAAUCCUAUAAAUGAAGGAUUAAAAAUUAAAUUUGGUACUGGUAUUAUUAAAGGUGUUUUAGGUAUUGAUAAUAUUACUAUUGGUAAUGAUAUUAUUAAACAACAAAUUUUUGGUCUUGUUAAUGAAGAAAAUUCUAAUAUUUUUAAUGUAAGUUACGGUGCUUGUACACACCGACCCCGAAAGGGGUCUUCUAUAUAG